AUUGACAAUACUUCAUGUAAAAUUGUUUCCAAGAUGGAAGUUCAAAUUUCGGGUUGUGUUUUUUCUUCUCUAUUUCUGGAACUCGCAAACAGCCAGGGAGAUGUAGAAGGGUUUUUACUGGGAGACAUCGAAGAUGUUACGGAGACUACUGUCAGUGAUACUCAGGAUGUAAACAUACAACAUAAUCGUAUUUUUGCCGUCCAAGAGAUUGCAGUUUGUCAAGGAUUGUUCAGUUUUUAUGAUGGAGUUGGACAUGUGCAUUCAGAGAAACUUGACAGAAUUCUAGGAAAUAAAAGACAGGCUGCAUUAGGAUGGUUUAAAUUUAGAAGAAACACAAGGCUUGGUGUGUCAAUGAGAGAGAAAGCUGUUCAUAAAAGUCUGUUGGAGCAAUUUGGAAUUGAGGAUUCAGAAAAUUUCAUUUUCUCUGUUUUCUCAUCACAACACACCGACAAUCUAGCCACCCAUGCGUAUAAUUAUUUAGCAUUUUACUGCAAAACCCACCAUAGCAGAGGUUAUGAAGCAAUACCAAUAAAAAUCAUAAAUCUUGGAAAUACUGCCCAAACAGAGUAUAAGCAUAAAGAUGAGCCAACAACCUCCACGUCAAAACUGUAUCAGAAUGUCAUUGGUUCAUUUCGUGAUGAGUUCCUGGACAAUGUAGGGCAGUUACAACAAGUGAGACAUGCACGUUCAAUGUACAAAAACAUGUUGAUAAAAAUGAAGGGUUUAAAGAAAACUGUCCAUAAAAGUGAAACACAGCUGAAAAACUUGUCAGAUGAUAUUGAGAUUCUUAAAGAACAACUGGAAAGAGCAAAACAAGAAAAAAGAUCAAGAAAAGAAGCAAGAAUUGAUCUUAUUGUAUUAGAUGAUGAAAGUGAUCAAGAUUUGAUGUCUUUUGAGGAUGUGGAUACACAAGAUAAAGGUUCAAAAAAUCCAACAAAACAUUUAGUUGUUGCAGGACAUAUUGAUUCGCAUAGCGUGCAAGAAAAAGACUUUGUGGAAAUAUCUGCUAAUCAUGUUAAUACAAUGGAAUCAAAUGGGGACAACAAGCUUAAGACGUAUAACCUUCGAAAAAAAUCUCCACAAUAUUAAGAUUAGUUCAACUAUGUGUG